CCUCCUCCUCCUCGUCGGUGUGAACUGUCCGGUGCCUUGGGGAGGGUGUAUUAUGGAUCUCUGUGCUGUAUUGUGCUGGAGUGUGUUAAAGCUAAGCAUGGAGUGAGAGACUGAGAGGCAGUUUGCUGAUAGUACAGCUGGCUCCCCUGCCGCCACUGUGGGCCUCAGACGUUACUCCGCCUGAGGCGGCACACGGUCUGCUGGUGAUGGAGAGGGGGACAGGAGAGAGGGAGAAACCCUCACCCCUUUUUUUGGCCUGGGGGGACGUCGGGGUGCGGGCGGGUCAGGGGCUCCCCCGCCUCGGCCUCUUCCCUCAGCACCGCAGCUCCGCCACGCUCUACACCUACCAGACAGGCGACGUGUUCGUGAGCCUGACGCUGCCCUUCUCGCUGGCCCUGCUCUCCCUGCUGGGGGCUUUCAACCUGUCCGUCCUCUGGCUGCUGAGGAGGGGGGGCACGGGGCACAUUUCGGCCGUGACCACACGGGUGCUGCUGUCCAUGGGGCUGGCCGACGUGGCGGUGUGCGUCUCCGGGGUGCCCGCUCUCCUCCUGUCCGAUUUCCAGGUGCCCCUGCCAUUCUACCCCUGCCUGCUGCUGAGCUGUGCCGUCCUGGGCUCCGCGCUCGUCUCCUCCCUCCACCACGUCCUCAUGGCCUACUACAGGUGGAUCCUCCUCACACAGCCCCACAGGAACAGAUACAAACUAACCCGCACAUCCACCCUUCUCCACCUCUUCCUAUGCUGGAUGGUGGGUGUAGCCAUUAGCUGCUUGCCUUACCUGGGGUUCAACAAUUACACUAACCUGCAGGGCCCCGUUGGUCAGCUCCAGAGUAAUAGCAGCACAGUGCAAGGGGACGUCCACCCCACCCGCAGUGACUACAUCAACCACAGCCGUAGCCCUGACCCUCCCCUCGCAGCAGCGUCUGAUUCCAGCACAUCCGCCUACACUCUGGCGUUUAGGGACACCAAGCCGGGCAGACGGGAUGAGGCCAAACCCACAGAGCUCUACCCAUCCUCUGGUCUCACCUUUAACCCUCACAAACCCGUUCCUACGUAUAACCACCCUGUUCCACCUCAUGCUAACCCCAGCAGCCUGGGCAGCUCUGCUUCGGCUGGUUACCUCUCUCACCGCAAGCAAAGGACUCCUGACGGACCUGUGCUGGAUGCUCCGUUUCACUUUAAGGCCGUUAACGACCCUUACCACCGCAUGCGAAUGCAGAGAAACUCUGAGGAUCAUUUUCACAAGCAGGAUAGCAAUUCGGAGAGCCCUCCAACCCUCUUCCGGUUCCCCCCACUCCCCCACCCCCCCAGGAUGUGCUCCGGCCCCCCCAGCCAGUGCCUGGUGCCGUGCGUCUACCAGAACGUGCUGUCUCUGGGGUACCUCACCUACGUCAUCUUCCUGGGCAGCGUGGGGCUCCCCCUGCUGGCCGUCUCCCUGCUGUACUUCCUAACCUUCCGCUCCAUCAGACAGCACUGCCUGUCGCACCACCAGGCCGGCCCCGCCCCCCUGCCCCCCCUCGCCCCCUCCCCGGCCAGUUCGCUCUUCUACCGUCGGCAGAGGAGGGUGGCCUGCUUCACCAUACUCCUCUUCACGCUCUACUUCCUGUCCCGCCUGCCCUUCAACGUGCUGAAUGCGGUGAUGUACGCCUGCCCUUCCUGCCGCGUGCCCGAGUGGGCCCCGCCCAUCGCGCUGCUGUCCGCCGUCCUCAGCGCCGGCUCCAACCCGCUGCUCUACCUCCUGCGGGGCAGGGCGGGGCUGGCUGACCUCACGCGCAGGAGGUAG